ACCUUUUCCUUUCUUCAAUAAUUUUCCCAUUAUCAUUUUCUCCUUUUCAUGCCACCCAAACAAAGCCCCUUUAUUCUCUGCCCCUUCUACACAUUGUCAGAGCUUUUUAUUUUCCUUUAUCACGUUUCAUUUCAAUCCCAACAAGGAAAGAAGAGCUCACUUUCCCUCCAAACAAACAGCCAUUCCCAUCCAACCAAUAAUCAACUCUCUCUUUCCUUUUCUUUCUACCCAAACAACAACAACAAGAAAAUAACAGGAAACAAGAAACAGGAAAAUGGCAGAGUUUGAGUAUCAAGAACUUCUAAAAGCAACUGAAGGGUUCUCUCCAUCAAGUCUCAUUGGUAAAGGAAGCCAUGGAUCAAUCUACAAAGGUAUAUUCCAAGAAAAAGAGAUUCUUGCAAUCAAGAAACCAUCUUUCGGUCUUGAUCAUGACAACUCCAAGAAACUCGAGAAUGAAAUUUCUGUAUUAUCAUCACUUCAAGAAGCCAAAAGUCCAUAUAUAAUCAACUUUCUUGGAACGAGUCAUGACUCGGAAAAGCAAAGCAAGAUUCUAAUUAUGGAGUUCAUGCCUAAUGGUUCUCUUCAUGACUUAUUGCACGUAGCAAAAACACCACUUUCUUGGUCUAAACGAGUUGAGAUCGCUCUCCAACUCGCCAGGGCAAUUCAAAUCCUUCAUGAAGGCAAGCCUUUGAUUAUUCAUAGAGAUAUUAAGUCUGCUAAUGUUUUGUUUGACUCAAAUUUUAAUGCUAAGCUAGCAGAUUAUGGACUAGCAGUGUCAUCAACCCGAGUCGAUCCGCCGAGUCAACCUGCUGGCACAAUAGGGUACAUGGACCCUUGUUAUACUAUUCCAAGCAAAUUAAGCCCUAAAAAUGAUGUUUACAGUUAUGGGGUAGUUUUAUUAGAGUUAAUAAGUAGUAGAAGAGCUAUUGAUGUCAAUAGAACACCAGCUUCAAUAGUAGAAUGGGCGAUUCCACUGAUAGAAACGCAAAAAAAUACAAUCUUGGAAGAAAUUUGUGACCCAAGAAUUGGGUUGCCACCAAUUUUCUUGGAAGGCAUUAUUAAGCAUUUAUUGUAUGUGGGUGCACGUUGUGUGUCUUAUAAAGAAGAAAAUCGCCCGUCAAUGGCCGAUAUUGUUACAGGUAUAGAUAGCGGGUUUGGAUUGGUCGACAGAGUAAAAGUUGUAUCAUCACAUUUACCUAGUUGGAGUAGUGUUAUAAGGAGUUUUAUUGUCACGAGAAGGCAAAAAAAAUUGGGUAAAAAAGGAGAUUAUAGUGAUAUUUCAAAAGGGAAAUUUUUAUUAAGGGAGAUUCUGGCUGAUAUUACACUCAAAUGAUGAAGAUGAUGAUGAUGAUGGUUAUUAUCGGUUUUGAGACACCAAAUGUAUAGAUUUAUCUCUAAAAUUUAAUCGAUUUAUUUUAUAAUAUCCUUAAAUUUGUGUGAGAUCUAUCGUGUGAAAGGUGGAGAAAUAAAAAUUCAAAUAUAAUCAUUACUGAAAUGUAAAAAUAUAGGGUUACGAUAGAUUCUCCGUAAAUUUGAGAGUAUUGUAAGACAAAUUGUAUAAAUUUUAAGUACAAAUUUAUGCAUCAGGUGUUUUUGAGACGAGAAAUUGACUCGGUCAAAGUUUUUAAUUAAUAAUUUGAAGGUGCAGGGCAUGUAUCCAAACACAAGAUACCCAAAAGUUGGUGGGAGACGUUCUGUCAUUCUAUUGUGGUGUUACAGCUAUGCUUUCUUUCUCUGUUUUUGCUUUUUAUAGGAUAUUAAUUAAUUAAUUAAUUAUAUUUGAAUUUUUGUUUCUCCAUCUUUCA